GAUAGUCUUCAAUAGAUAGUUCAUUGAUCAAAUUAUUUGCAAAUUUCUCCCACCACGACAAUUCGAAGAAACCGCCAAAGCACAAGUCAGACUCAUACUUGAACUCGAAAUCGAAAAUGGAUCGAACCAAUGCGACAGAGAUAGAGAAGCUCAGAGAGCAGCAAACAAUAUUACAUAACAUCAUAGAAGAGCUAAAAGCAGAGAUACAAAAUCAAAAUCCUCUAGAAUCUCCAUGCGACGCAACCUCAAUUCCGCCUUCGACAUCCAACACAACCGGCAGAACACCACUCCCAUCGGCGCCAAUCAAGUCCUUAACUUCCAAAAAAUGCGGAGAAACACUACCAUUACCAGCUUCAGUCCCCAAAGCGCGCCCCUCGAGAAACUUCCUAAUAAAAAAUACUUUGCUCGCUCGCAAUAGAAGGCUUCUACGCUACGGGAUCACAAUAAGCGUUCAUUUAGCAACUGCAAAAGAGAAGUCACUGAGGCAUCGAUGCCAUAAAUUCAGCCCACUUCGAUGGUCGCAAAGAUACGCUGAGCUACAUGAACUUUGAUGGCAUGAAAAGUUGCUUGGAGGAGUGGUUGGUGUGAGAGUGCACCGCGUGAUGCAAAUUGGAUGAUAGUUUUCUACAAAAUUCAUGUUGGAUAAAAGAACUUCAAGGAAGAUAUUGGGUGAUGGCA